GCGCCUGUGCCACACACAGCAUGGCGGAGCCGCUGCCCGCCGCGCCGCCGUCAAGCGGGAGCGGCCGCAAAGAGAGCCUGGGCUGCGCGACAGCGAGCGGCGGCGGGCGGGUCUUAAAACAGGUCAGUUUACCAAGAGUGAUGCAUCAAGUGCCUGAGAAAUCACUUGUACAGUCACAGUUGAAGGGGCAUUAUAAAACAGUGAAGUGAAAUUGAAAGAAGUAUUAUAUGCCUUACUGAUCAGAAAACUGUUUCUGAAGUAUUUGGGCAAACUACAUAUAUAUGUAGUAAAAUCUGCAAAGGCUGAAGGUGUGGAGAGCAUGGGUUAUGAUCUGGAGCGCUUCGUGGGCUAUGUGAACGAGGGGCUGUUGUGCUCCAUCUGCCGAGACGUGUUGGAGGAUCCGCUGCAGGCUCCUUGCGAGCACGCUUUCUGCACUGCCUGCAUCCACGGCUGGCUCGUUCAUCACAGCAACUGCCCUGAGGACAGACAAGUCAUCGAUGUGUCUUUGCUGCGACCUCUCUACAGAUAUAUGAAAAAUGAUUUAAACCGUCUUCAGCUACAUUGCAGAAACAGAGAGUAUGGCUGUGAAAUGGUUUGUUCUCUGGAGUCUAUAGACAGGCAUGAAAGGGAGUGUGAGUACAGUCAGAUACCUUGCUCCAAUGCUGGUUGCACGGUGCAGAUCGAGCGGCGUAACCUGGACGGGCACCUGGCGGUGUGCGAGUUCCGGAGCCGGGAGUGCCCCAACGGCUGUGGCUACACCAUCCUCAGCGCAGAGGACACGCAGCACAACUGUGUGGCAGAGCUGAGAACCGAGCUGGAGCUGCUUCGGUCAGAAAUGAUCUGCAGAGUGGAGGAGGCAAAACAUGAGAUGGAGUCAAGGUUAGAUUCACAGAGAAGGCAUAUGGUCCAAAAAGAGAGUAUUCUGCAAAAUGAAAUUGAAGAACUAAAGAGCCAGAUGUCUCGGAUGAUGUCAGAUGUGCGGUCUCUGAUGGCAGCAGAGAGACAGCACCGUCAAGAGCUGGAGCAGGCAGAGCUGGAAAAACGGGAGUUAAUGGAGCUGCUGAAGGGGCUGCAGAAGGACUGCAGAUUAACCACUACAGAGGGAAGCAGGAAGUCAAAUUUCCGUCCUUUGACACGACUAGAGAGUGUGAAAAGAAAACCUAGGGAAGUUACAGUUAUCUAAAUAGUACUAACCUCAAAAAGCAUUUUCUUCAAGUACUGGCUUCUGGCAAACUACUUUCUUUGAAUGAUUGGUAAACUUUAUAUAAUUUCUGAUUUACUUGUUUUCUUUUAAGGUCUAAAUUGCAACUGUAUUUCCUUUGGGGCCAUGAAAACAAACAGAUGAUUUUUUUUUUUUUCUGAGGGAAUACUGGUCAUUAAAACCAGUAAUUGGAAGACA